AUGCUUGAGCUCAGCAUGGCCGGGUCCCGGCUCCUUUGCUCUCCCCUGCCUCUGGAGGCUCAGGAGGACAUGUGCGCGGACUGCGGGCAAAUCAUCACCAUCCUGACCCGCAUGGCCAAGGAUUCAGCCUUCAAGGAAGGCAUCCAGAAGUACCUGACCCACGAGUGCACCCUGCUGCCCCUGCACACCCUGGUGCCACACUGCCAGAAGGUGGUGGACACGUACUUCACCCUCUUCAUCACCUGCCUGGAGGGGCAGAUUAAACCCGCCUCCAUCUGCGGCAGCCUGGGCCUGUGCCCCACGGACCCGUCGCAGGACCAGAGCCAGGAGACGUGUGUUGUCCAGCUGCUGCAAGGUCUCCGCCUGGAUCUUCCCGAUGGUCAGACCCAGGGAGGCCACAGCAAGGACCUGCCGUUCCCGCUCCCGCUGUGCUGGAUGUGCCGCUCCUUCGUCGGCCGGAUAGAGUCCACCAUCCCCAAGGGGGCCAUCGCCAAGUCUAUGUCACAGCUCUGCCAUCUCCUGCCGGGCACCAUCGGUGGCAUGUGCCAGUGCCUGAUGGAGAAAUACACCACCACCGUGCUGGACCUGAUCCUAGACAAGCUGGGCCCGCGGCUGAUCUGCGGGAUGCUCCUCAUGUGCGCCACGGUGGAGAACUGCGGCCCGGACCCACCCUUGGUGCCGCUCCUUGCCCAGAGCGCCGAGUGCCAGGCCUGCGUUGCUGUCCUGGGCCUGGCGAAGUCGGCCGUGCAGGCGAACAGCACUGUGGCAGACGUGGAGGUGGCUCUGCUCAGGGCCUGCAGCGGUGCCCACCUGGGCUGGCAGGAGUGCAAGAGCUUCAUGGAGCGGCACUGGCCCCAGCUGCUGACCUUGCUGCCAAAGGCCUGGGACCCCCAGAACACGUGCCAGGAACUGGGCGCGUGUGAGGCUGGGACGGGCCCUGCUCCUGGACCCGAGGGCUGCAUGCUGGGACCAGCCUACUGGUGCUCCAGCCUGGAGACUGCCAAGCAGUGCCAGGCCGUGCAGCACUGCCAGACCCACGGCUGGGCAUAGCUGGAGACACACCAGGCUGCUGAGCCAAUUCUCCCCUGCCUGCAGCCAGCCCAGCCCCUCCCUCUCCUCCACCCAGGCAGCCUCCACUUUCAAUCUCACCCCCUCGAGAGUGAUUUCCUCCCCUCUGCCCCCACCCCCCCAGCCUUGGCUACCCACUCAGUGCUGCUGGCCCGUGCCUGUGCUCUGCCCCAGGGCGUGUGGCACCAGGGGUAAUGCCUGCGGCUCCAGCACUGCUGGGAUAGUCCUUGGGCAGGACCAUGGUGGCUUACAGAGAUCACAUGUGGCCUCCUCGCCGGGGAGAUGCCUGCCUUUGGAACUGCUCAGCAGGGCCGGCUUUAGGCCUAUUCCACCAAUUCCCCCGAAUCGGGCCCUGCGCUCAAGAGGGCCCUG